AUGGAAUUUACACUUGGAAUUCAAUCUACGUCAUUUAUUGAAAGUCAGAAUGUAUGCAUUAAAAGGAUCUUGGAAAGUGGCAAUACAUUAUUAGCAAAUGAAAAAAGUUUGUAUUAUAUAGCUAGUUAUUCUACGAUUGAAGAGGUUGAGUCACUUACCAUUUAUAAGCCUUUACAAAGUAAAGAUGUGAAUGAUAAACCUGAUGCUAUUAAUUUAUUUGCUAAAUAUCUUCUGGAUCAUUUGGAACAGAAUACAGUUAAAAAAAUCUAA